AUGGAUUAUGAAAAUUUGCUUCAAAAAAAUCCAACAUUUUAUUAAUAAUCAAAAACGCACAGAUCAUCUAGUGCUAAUCAAAACUCUUAGAAAUAGGGAUGUCCAUAAUAAAUUAAACCUAAAGCAUUAUUAAAGAAAUUAGAAGAAAUCCUUUAAUAAAGACAAUAACAAUUUAAUUAAGUGAAAUUAAAAAAGGUUAAUUAAUGCAAAAGCAAUUAUACUGAAAGAAUAUCAGGAAAAAAAAGUGUUUAGAUAUUGUUGGAUGAUGAAAAAUGGAAAGCUGAUCUACAAAAUUUUGUAUGAAUUUAGAAUAAUUUAAAAAUAGGUUACUUAAAAAAAAGAAAGGAAAAGUUGCUAUCCUAACAUGAAUUCUUUGUAGCCAUCAGCUUAAAAUUUAUUUGAUUAAUUUUCUCAAGAUAGUAAUAGCAGAAAUCCCACCAUCACUAAUAGAAGUAAAAAGGGUGAGAUUUCUCCAAAAAAAGGAAGAGCUAAUGUAAUGAUAUAUUCAUUAUAAUCAAUAGUCUAUUAUGGAUAGAUAGAAUUCAAAUGACAGAGACAAAUUAAAAUUGAUAUAAUUGAAUUAGGAAUUAUAAAUUUAGAAUAAUCAUUUAAAUGAAUAACUAAGGUUUGAAUAAAAUUAGAAUACUAAAUUAAGUAUAUAAAUAAUUAGUAUGAAUGAUUAAAUUACUUUAUUAACGAAGUAUUCUAUAUUUUUGUUUAGGGUAAUUAAAAGAAAGUUAGAAACAAUUAGAAUAUAGAGAUAAGGAAAAUGAUGAUAUAAUAAGAUCAUUAAAAAGUCAAUUAGAUAUGAUUAAACCUGAAUAUUAUAAAUAAUAAGAAUCUAUUGCAAAUUAAGAAAGGUAAUUAAUAGCAUAUCAAAAAAUUGAAAAAGAUAUGCUGGAAUUAGAAUAAAUAAUACCUUAAAUUUCUACUUUUACAACUCUAUUUAUAGAACAAAAUGUCUAAAUAUCAGAAUUAUAAGAUUUAUUAACUUUAUAAAAUAAUAUAAUUGAUAAGGUAUUAAAUAAAAAAGAUUUUCCAUUAAACAAUUUAAUCUUGGGUAGGGAACCUAAAAAGCCUAAAUAAUAUAAUAAGGAUUUACCUUUUGAAUCAUCUUAAAAUUUAGAUAAUUUAAUUAAAUUAACAAGAUAAUAGGUAAAUCUAUUAACUGAAAGAUUUAUUCAUGAAUUAUUUGUAUGA